UCCCCGCGACUGCAGCAGCACCGGCUCCCUCCCGGUCCCCACCUCGGCCCCGGGCUCCGAAGCAGCUCGGGGGCGCCCUUUAGGUCAACGUCGUAGUCCACCCCCUCCCCAUCCCCAGCCCCCGGGGAUUCAGGCUCGCCAGCGCCCAGCCAGGGAGCCGGCCGGGAAGCGCGAUGGGGGCCCCAGUCGCCUUGCUCCUGCUCCUGCUGUUCGCCUGCUGCUGGGCGCCCAGUGGGGCCAACCUCUCCCAGGACGGCUACUGGCAGGAGCAGGAUUUGGAGCUGGGAACUCUGGCUCCACUCGACGAGGCCAUCAGCUCCACAGUCUGGAGCAGCCCUGACAUGCUGGCCAGUCAAGACAGCCAGCCCUGGACAUCUGAUGAAACAGUGGUGGCUGGUGGCACCGUGGUGCUCAAGUGCCAAGUGAAAGAUCACGAGGACUCAUCCCUGCAAUGGUCUAACCCUGCUCAGCAGACUCUCUACUUUGGGGAGAAGAGAGCCCUUCGAGAUAAUCGAAUUCAGCUGGUUACCUCUACGCCCCAUGAGCUCAGCAUCAGCAUCAGCAAUGUGGCCCUGGCAGACGAGGGCGAGUAUACCUGCUCAAUCUUCACUAUGCCUGUGCGAACUGCCAAGUCCCUCGUCACUGUGCUAGGAAUUCCACAGAAGCCCAUCAUCACCGGUUAUAAAUCAUCAUUACGGGAAAAGGAUACAGCCACCCUAAACUGUCAGUCUUCUGGGAGCAAGCCUGCAGCCCGGCUCACCUGGAGAAAGGGUGACCAAGAACUCCACGGAGAACCAACCCGCAUACAGGAAGAUCCCAAUGGUAAAACCUUCACUGUCAGCAGCUCGGUGACAUUCCAGGUUACCCGGGAGGAUGAUGGGGCGAACAUCGUGUGCUCUGUGAACCAUGAAUCUCUAAAGGGAGCUGACAGAUCCACCUCUCAACGCAUUGAAGUUUUAUACACACCGACUGCGAUGAUUAGGCCAGACCCUCCCCAUCCUCGUGAGGGCCAGAAGCUGUUGCUACACUGUGAGGGUCGUGGCAAUCCAGUCCCCCAGCAGUACCUAUGGGAGAAGGAGGGCAGUGUGCCACCCCUGAAGAUGACCCAAGAGAGUGCCCUGAUCUUCCCCUUCCUCAACAAGAGUGACAGCGGCACCUACGGCUGCACGGCCACCAGCAACAUGGGCAGCUACAAGGCCUACUACACUCUCAACGUUAAUGACCCCAGUCCGGUGCCCUCCUCCUCCAGCACCUACCACGCCAUCAUCGGCGGGAUCGUGGCUUUCAUUGUCUUCCUGCUGCUCAUCAUGCUCAUCUUCCUUGGACAUUACUUGAUCCGGCACAAAGGAACCUACCUGACACAUGAGGCGAAAGGCUCCGACGAUGCCCCGGAUGCGGACACGGCCAUCAUCAAUGCAGAAGGCGGGCAGUCGGGAGGGGACGACAAGAAGGAAUAUUUCAUCUAGGGGCGCCUGCCCACUUCCUGCGCCCCCCCCAGGGGCCCCGUGGGGACUGCUGGGGCUAUCACCAACCUGGACUUGUACAGAGCGACCCCAGGGCCGCCCCUCCCGCUUGUUCCCCAGCCCACCCACCCCCCUGUACAGAAUGUCUGCUUUGGGUGCGGUUUUGUACUCGGUUUGGAAUGGGGAGGGAGGAGGGCGGGGGGGGAGGGGAGGGUUGCCCUCAGCCCUUUCCGUGGCUUCUCUGCAUUUGGGUUAUUAUUAUUUUUGUAACAAUCCCAAAUCAAAUCUGUCUCCAGGCUGGAGAGGCAGGAGCCCUGGGGUGAGAAAGGCAAAAAACAAACAAAAAAACAAAACCCUGGAGUGUUAGGAGGAGAGUGAAGGUAGAGGGGUGAGGAAGGGUAAGGGGCAGGGCUGGUUUGGAGCUGGGGGCUCUCACCAACCCUCCUUUCAGCCUCUACAACAGAGCAGCUUCCCAGACUUCUCCAGGAACCCAGAAACGGGAUGCUUGUCGACAAAGGUUGGGAGUGGCUUUUCCUCUGGUAGCCAUGCACCUGAGCAUACAAACAAGGAGGCAGGUGCCACCCCGACACCCGUCUUCCAUAGCAAUGGGAAAGUGAUGAGUAGGGGAGUCCUGAGGAGAUGUGGCCUGCAGAAGACACGCAGCCAUGCAAGGACCCAGGGGUUUAACCUGGGGAGGACGCAGGUCCCUGCAAGGAAGAGUAGAUUUGGAGAGGAAGGAAAUGAACAAAGCCGGUCCCUUUCCAUAGGAACUGCCCUUGGAGAUUGCGGAGGGUGGCUGCCCCUCCUUGCUCCAGCAGCUGUGGGAGAGGCACUGCUCUGGGGCCUGCACUGCCUCUGCUUCCCCUGCUGAGGGGCCCCUCACUCUUACCCAAGACUCUGGAUUGUUGCAUGGCAACCACUCCUCCCAUGGCAUUGCUCAGCAACUACUCCUCCCAUCCUGGCCACCCUGUGCCCCCUUCCUGGUCCCAACGCCAGCCCUUAGUCCUUCCUCCCUCAGCAGCCAGGCAGACAUAACAACAAAACUACUAAAAGGAACUUCACUGCA